CCGGACGCCGUGGGCCCUGACAGCGCGGGGUGUGUAAGAGUUGGCGAAAGCAGCACAAGCAGGGAGGACACGAGCGCGACCCACGCUACUGGUAGACUUCUCUUCUCCGCCGCCAUUGCCGAGCACGGGAGCGCCGAGACCCGCACCACACUGCUCGCUUCCUUCGCCAUGGACAGCGGCGGCAACAAGAGCGGCGGCGCUGCCGGGGGAGGGGACGGCGCGUGCAGCGGCGGCCACCUGUGCCACCUGUGCGGGUACAAGUACGCGAGCGCGCACCCCAGCGCCAAGCAGCGGCGCGCGCACCGCAAGAACUGCGGCGGCGGCGGCAAGUCGCCGCCCGCCGCCGCCAGUGCGGAGGGGGAGGAAGAGCGCCAAGGCAAGAAGCUGGUGCCAGGUGCGGAUGUAGGAGGCAAGGCGAAUGGAGCGCCUGCUUCGGAUUCUGGCGGCGUUUUGCCCGGAUCUGCGGAGGAUGUUGGGAAUGCGGUAGAUGACGACGCCACUGGAGUGCACUCUUCUCCUAACAGUGCCGGAGUUCACGUCAUUAUCAAUCAUGUUACUUCUGAAGUGCCUCCUAAGGCUAAUGGAACUGACGUUCAAACUGAAGCUGAUCCGCGGCUGCCUGAAAGCGGACCACAAGAUUUGUAUCCGUCUGGAUCACAUUGUAGUGGUGAUCAGCAUCAGGAUGCCUCCGCUUCCCAUUGUCAAUCAGAGCCUGAAGAUGGUGCAAGAUUCAGUCCAGACUUCUCUGCAGAUGAAGCAAGCAAGUCAAAUGCCAUGUCCCUGGCAUCAAAUGCUGCUUCAGGUGAAUUUUCUACACAAACAAUUGCUAGAGCUGGUAGCCCCGAUGGUACCGCCGUUGCUGGAAACGAUUGUAUGCUCAACACCAUUGAUGAAGACAAAACUCGUGAGGGCAUGUUGGUAAAAGGUAAUGAGAUUGAUUCGUCCUAUCAAGAGAAGCUGCAAACCAAAAUUGUUGAGGGGCAUAGUGCUACUACAGUGGAGGAAGACCUAUGUGCCAACAACUUAGGUGUUGUUACCGAAGAGCAAAGCCCCAGUGAAAACACUGAAUCCAAGGACGACGGCGGGGUUAUCGGACCUAACCCAGUUGAGCAAGUUUGUACCAUCAAGGAACCUGUCAAUGUACUUGGGAAUAAGGAACCUUCUACUGAUAAUAAUGUCCGCACAGAUGAUACCAGUAGUGAUGAUUUAUCUCAACUUGCUUCUGCUGGUUGUCAUUUGAAGACAGCAGAUGUUGAAACACAGCAGCAAAUUGAUUCUAUUUCUGUGGUAGCAGUUCAGCUGACAAACUCCAAACAGACGGGCCUUGAAGAAGGGUCAAGCUAUCCUGGUGCAGAUGAGGUUAUCCAAGCUGUAUCAAGUGCAACAGAGCCUGCUGUGGAUAGUCUAGUUGCUGAGGUCAUAUCAGCUGGUAGUGCUUCUGAUUUUACAAAGAAAGAUACCUCCGAGGUGACAGCAGAUGAUGACACACAGAAUAAUCCAAGCCAUACAAGUGAUGUCAUUUCCAUGCCAUCUCAAAUCGACCCAAUAGAGCCCAGCUUAGACCAUACUCAUGAGAUCAGGAUCAAUAGCAAGCAUGAUGUUGACGAGAAUAAACAAAUUGAGAACAGAAGUGUGGACCUUACGUCUCAUGAGACUAACGAUAUAUGCAGUAUGGAUAACAUUGAAGAGAUUAAGCAGACUGAAGAAACUAGUGCAGAAGAUAGUACCCUGAAGACCAGCAUAUUACAGAGUGCAAGUAGUGUUGAGGAAAAAGAACAGAUUGAAGAGGUGAUGGCAGAUCCUGCUUCUGACAAUAUUGAUUUGAUAAGCAGCAGAGACAUAAUUGUGCAAAAGGAACAGAGUGCUGUCCACAUGGGAACUGCUCAUGAGAUAAAUGUGGUGGAUAUCCCAGCUAUAGUUGAAUUAGAGAAGCACGGUGAAGAAACUGCUGCAGACCCUACUGCUCAGAUGACGAACAUUACAGAUGAAGUUGAAGAAAAGAAGCAAAAUGAAGAAAUUACGCCAGAUCCUGCUCCCCAUGCUAUCAAUGUGAUACACGAAGACAAAAUGCAGAAUGAAGACAUGACAGUGGUCCCUAGUUCUCACAAAAAUGUAGUUUACCACACAGAUAUUGUUAAAGAGAAGGGUGAAGAAACUAUGUCAGAACCAACCUCUCACAACACUGAUGCGGUAAGCAUUGUUGAUGCCGUUGAAGGAAAGGAGAAAGAAGAGGUAACUCCAGAACCUACUGUUGAUAUUAGCUUGGUCCACGCCAUUGACAAUGUCAAAGGAAAGGAGAGUGCAGAGCCUACUUCCAUCGGUGCCGGAGGCAAUGCAGGUACUAUCCUUGUCUCGGACUCUAGUUCUCACAUGAGCAGCACACCACAGGGCACAAAUGAUGCCAAAGAAGAGAAGCAGGAUGAAAAGGCUGCCGCGGACCACGCUCCCACCGAUGAUGUUGAAGAAAAGAAGCAGAAGGAAGAGACUGCAGCAGAGACCAAUACCAAGGAAAGCGCAAAUGACCACACCAAGGAAAGCGCAAAUGACCAUCCGCAUGAAGAGAUCACAGAUAAGGAAAUGACAAUAGAUUCAGACAAGAGCCAUGUCUCCCUGAAGUCCCUUCUCUCCGAGAAAGGCAUGGAAGUUAUUAAAGAAAAGAAGGCCAGCACCAAGGACCGGGUGCUGUCGUUCAGGCGCCGAUCGUCGAAGGACAACCCUUCGCCCGCCAAGCCAGGUUCCGAGCAGCAAGACUGGAAUUCUCCUGCUAGGUUACCGGUGGAGAAGUCGCCGAAAGGGAAGAAGCAGCAGUGGAUGCCGUUUAUUUGCUGCCACUCCAUGAACUGACCAUGGUGGGGGUCUUUCUGGAGUUUAUAUUAGUGUAUCGGUGUGGUUAGGGUUAUCCAGGGAUUUGUAAAUGGUCGUUCCGGUUUGUUCUGUCUUGUGUCCGCACUGAUGAUGUCUCAGACUUCAGUUUGUCCCAUCAUCACUUUUUGUUUGGAAUUGCUCGUUUAUUUGAUUCGAGUAGUCCUGUACUUUGUUGAUUUCUUCUUCUUAACACUAAAUUCUACUUGCUCAUCAUGAAAUGUUGUGUCCCUCGUUCA